AUGGAACUUAACAGCGCAACUAAACGUCCUGAUAUUAGUAAGACCAGCGAGCUGCUCAAAGUAGCUGGAGAAACAAAUAAGGGAUUCAGGCGAAUAUCAUUCAUUCCGAUUUGGGCAAAAAUUACUUCAAGAAAUGAUUUUGAUCCAGACAUAUCUGACGGAGAUUACCCAAUAAACGACGAUUGGGACACCGAUGAGCUAGCUGUUCUGGCUGAUUCCAGUUCUACUGAGAAACCGUCCAUUCUCGGUGUCACUCCAUCAGCAAUCACCAAGUUGGGGCCUGUCAGAACAGUGGUGUCGGCUGCCGCGUCGAUCGCCGCUACAAAUGUCAGACCCAGGAUUAUACCCGAUCCCAAUAUGUCACCGAAGGAACGUCGUCAGCUAAUAAGCGCUGUGAUGGAGCGAACAAAUGCAAUGGUACACUUAUCAGAAUGUCUGGUGCCCCAGCCUCGUUGGCUAAUCGUCAGACAACUAGCACCAGCUGCUGACACCGCUUACACACCACCCUGUGUCCAGCUGCAUCGCUGUGCUCCUGACUCCGGCUGCUGCACCAACGAGGAAGACGUCUGCGCACCCAUUGGAGGAGAAUAUAUCCUUUUACCUUUUUAUCUUCACAAAGCGGAUGGCUCCAUGAAAGUAGUGAGGAUGCAGUUCUACAAUCAUACAAACUGUGCCUGCGUCUCUAGAGACACUCUCCAGAGCACAAUAAUAUCUAGAAUGAGUAUGGGAAUGAUGGGUGUGAGUAAUCCUAGCACAAGUGAAAGCCAGGAAGAGGAGAAACCCACAAGAAUCGUGGAACGUCAGAACGAUUGGAGGACUCCGACACAGGAACCAGCUCUGGAUAAAGAUGAAGAAGAAACAACUGAACCUCCACAAUUGCGCAGAUGUACUUGUCCGGGGCUUUUCCUGGCCAGCAUGACAGACACUGUUCGGUGUUCAUGUGUGUGCGACUGGCCUGACGCGAGCCGCCGUCGGGACUGCCAGUCAUUGGCAAAGGGGAAGGAGCACUUCGGUCUCCGGGACCGUGUCUGCGUGCAAGUUGGUAACUGCACUCCUCCUUCUUGUGAAUACGGAGUGUACGACAGAGCGCUUGGCAGGUGCCCGUUGCGAAAGUACAGAAGAGUCAGAUACCAUAGAGGAGGGAGAUAUCAUGAGAAAACUUAUACAGUGUGA